AGCUCAUAGUUAGUCUGCCAUUCGUCAUAUAACGCCAGAAGAAGACGAUCCCGGAAGUGACGCGUUGUUUCAUGCUGCCUCGUCCACAUGCGGUUUCUUCUACAUGAUAUUUAAUUCUGGAAGAGUUUCUGUAAAGAACCGUCGAGGCAGGAGGACAGGAGGAAUCCUGCUGCGAGUUCAAGACGGUUUGCUGAGAAGAUGCUGAGUGAUGCUGAGGCUGCAGAGCUGCUGGCCUUCCUGACGCCCAGCACCCGGCCGGAUGUGAAGGGGAAGGCCACGGAGUACAUCCUGGGGCUGUCUGGAAGCAGAGAUGGCUGCCGGUUCCUGCGCUCUAAACCUGACCUCUUAGCAGCUCUGUUUGCGCUGACCUCUGACCCCUCUGUUGCCAUAGUGAAGGACUGCUACCACAUCCUGAUCAACCUGUCAGCUGAUGAGACUCUGCACCAGGUUCUGGUCUGUGAGGUUCAGGUUCUUCCGGUUCUGUUGAAGAACCUCCAGGAUCCAGAGUUUCUGUUCUCUGAUCAGAUCUGCACCAUCCUGUCCAACCUGAGCCGCCAUGAUAAGACCUGCAGGACCGUCUUCCAGGUCCUGCAGGAGCAGCUCGGUCUGGCCCAGCUGGUGGAAAUCUUCUGCAAUGAAAGCUUCAACAGAAAGGCCAAGCUGCACUACCUGGGCCCCCUGCUGUCCAACCUGACCCAGCUUCCCGAGGCCAGGAGCCUCUUGAUGGACCGGGACAGGUGUGUGAUCCAGCGUUUGCUGCCGUUCACUCAGUACGAGGCGUCGGUGGUGAGGAGGGGCGGCGUCAUCGGCACGCUGAGGAACUGCUGCUUCGACCACGCUCAUCAUGCGUGGCUGCUGAGCGACGCCGUGGACGUGCUGCCGUUCCUGCUUCUGCCUCUGGCCGGCCCGGAGGAGCUCACUGAGGAGGAGAACGAAGGUCUGCCUGUGGACCUGCAGUAUCUGCCGGAGGACAAGCAGCGAGAAGCGGACCCCGACAUCAGAAAGAUGUUGCUGGAAACCCUGCUACUGCUGACGGCGACUAAAGCCGGCCGCCUGACGCUCCGACAGAAGAACGUUUAUCCCAUUGUGAGGGAGCUCCACCGCUGGGAGAAGGACGUCCACGUCGGCGCCGCCUGCGAGAAACUGGUCCAGGUGCUGAUCGGAGACGAGCCGCAGCUCGGCAUGGAGAACCUGAUGGAGGUGGACAUCCCUGAGGAUGUGGAGGACAAGCUGAGGGAGGCGGAUGCCAAGGAGCAGCAGGAGCUGCAGGAGGAGGAGGAGAGAAGAAGGAGAGAGGAAGAGGAGCAGGAGAAGUGAAACAAAAGACUGAUCUGGUCUUCAUUUCCUCCUGUUUCCGUCAUCAGCAGCUCGUCACUGAGCUCUGGCUGCUGGUUCUGGUUCCAGUCCAGCUACCGACGUCUCUGUGUCCAUCUAGAGACGGAGGUACAACCUGACCUUUGACAUUCAGACAAAUAUAAUCAUCAUUAUUUUUCUCGUUCUGAAGGCGGCUGCAGUGUUCAGCAGCUCUGGGGUCAUGUGGGGUCAGCUGGCAGGUCGCUGGGGGAGGAGAGACUCGACCUUUGUUCAUCUGAACUGUUUUUAGACACCAGCAGAAUGAACGAUUCAGGGCCGGUCACAGUGUUACAGAUUUCAGUUAUCAUUUUUUUUCUGCAUGGUCGUUCAUGCUACUAAUUAAAUGUGACCUCAGACUUCUGUGUUUCUGACCCCAAAGCGACGCGCCUGCUCAGACGUCACCCAGCGGCGCUCCGUAAACCCAGCUACUGUUGAAAUAAAAUCACACUGUUGUAAAUUCCUGGUUAAAUAUUUUGCCCUGAGCUGGUGCUGGACAAUAAAUCAAUAACAAUAUAUAUCGCAAUAGACUUGUAA